AUGAUCCUAUACGAGGCAGAUGACGCCCUGAUGUGCAAAGUGUUCACGAUGACUCUAAGAGGAGCAGCUCAAGACUGGUUCCACACUCUACUGUCCGUGUCGAUAGGCAACUUCAAGGAGUUAGCCCUCAUCUUCACAAAGAAGUACACCUCCUACAAGACGGUCAGAAAGCAUGCAGACCAUUUGUUCAAUCUAUGCAAGAAGCUAGAUGAGUUUCUUCGAGACUACCUCAGACGGUUUAAGGUUGAGAAGGCGAACAUCAUAGGAUGCAAUGACCAAGUCGCAUCCUCAGCUUUCAAGAAGGGCUUGCCAACCGAGCAUGAGCUAUACCGGGAGCUGGCAAUAACUCCAAGCCAAACCUUGGCAGAAAUGUUCGCGACGACAGAGCCCAGCAAGCAAGUUGAUCACCACAUGAAGCAGGCAAGCCAAAAGAGCAACAAGUUCGAGCAAAAAGCCCUAGACAAGCGCAGAUCGCGGCCCCAAGAGGGAGGCUCAGAAACAGGGACCUUUACCAAGUUCGUUAUCCCAAUCCACCAGAUCCUAGCACAAGUGAAGGACAAGUCGUGGGUGAGAAGACUGCCACCCAUGAGGAGAGACCUCUCUAAGAGGGACACCAAUAAAUACUGCGCAUUCCACGAAGAGCACGGUUAUUACACCAACAACUACAACGCUUGGAAAAGGCACCUUGAGGAGCUGGUCAGAGAAGGCCAUUGCACAGAAUUCGUCGCAAAGAAGGCCAUUCAGCAAAUCGAGGAUCGUGAUGUAGCUGCCAAGGAACCUCCCCAAAAGGUCAUUCGAAUUAACACCAUUCUAGCUGACUCCCAAGAGUCCGGGCUGACCACCAAGGCGCGCAAGAGAAAGAUCGCUCAUGCAACUUAUGUCUCCCAAGUCACAACGGGAGUACCAAUCAUUGUGGAUACACCCAUCAUCAGCUUCCAGAAGAAUGACUUGAUCGAGCUUGACCUGCCACAUAAUGACGCCCUAGUCAUCUGCAUCCAAAUUGAACAAGCUCUGAUCGAGCGAGUUCAUGUAGAUGAGGGGAGUGCAGCCAACAUCCUGUAA